AUGACUGAGUUUGACGUUCGCUUGGCUGAAGUAGCGGACCUGGACAGGAUUAACAGGCUGAUCCGAUCGCCGGGUGCCAAGUGGUUCGGCAAUAUCCGUCCGAAAUAUCGGGGCAAGGAAAGCCUCUUUCAUUCAUAUCAGACUUACAGGAUCUUAGCUGUAAACAGGGAAUCCUCUUCCUUGGUGGCCUAUGCCGAGUUCCGCAAUUAUCCGUCCAUUGCCGCAUUGCCCUCAGAUUGCUGGCUAGAAUGGCUAUCCGUUAGAUACUGUUUAACCUUGUCCAUCAGCUGGCUGAAUACUCUGUUCUUCAGCUUUUGCAUCUACAAGGCUGAUCACUCCGAGGCUCUCCUGGAGAUUAUCAAGGAGGUGUUGUACAGGGAGAACAGGGUGUGGUAUCUAAUUGCUGUCAAGACUCCUGCUGUUCGACAGCCCCACCACUUCAUUGAGACCUUCGACGAUCUGGCAAAGAUAUCCCAUGUCUUCUAUCCGCAAGAGUAUAGCUUGGAGAACAACAGUGUUACGCAGUCCUUAUAUAUCGUCGAUCGGUUUGACCUGCUGCCGAAAAUUACCUACCGAAAGGCACUAGCCGAGGAUAACGAUGAUGUCGUUGCCCUUCAAGAGGCUGAGAUGCCCGAACUGCGAGUCGAGUUGGGCGACUACUACAUAGCCGAGGAAGUACUCCGACAAGAUGCCGAGGCCACGAAGAGCAUGUUGAUCGUGGCCGAGACCACCAACCAGUGCCAGGAGACAGAACUGUCGAUCUUUAUGUGGCUGACCACAGGAAUAGACAUCCUGUUCUAUGUAAAGAACUACGAGAUGGAACAAUUUGGGAACCUAGUGAAACCCGUGGAUGGGAAGUCGUUCCACUACGAGACAAUGACGGUGUCAUCGGUUCAGCGAAAGGCAGAGGCUAGCAUGUUCACCGGCGAUGCCCUGGACGAUCUGGAUGCGAUGACGAUUCUGGGAGGCCUGCAAAAGGUUGAUAGCGGUAUGAGCGUGGCCAGCUUGGGCAAGGUGAAGGUGAGCUCCAUUGGUGGCACAAUCGAUGAUACGAAUGCGGUCGAGGCGAACAAGUUCUACAUGCGGGAAUGCCUGUUCGCUAAGUUCACCUACAUCCUUGAGAAACUUCACAGCACCGAAUACUAUUUGCGGCGCGAAGAAAAUGUAAUUAACUUCAUAUAUCCUGUUGGAAAAGAGCCUUCUGGUGCGGCAGCCAGGGAGGCGGCAUCAAACGUCUUCCUCCUUAAGUGUAUUACUGCCCAAAAGGACUUUCCGCUGCCACGCCUCUUCAACGCUAUGGUUGCCAUGUUCUGCGCAUAUCCGGAUAGGGACUACUGCAUGAUGCUGAUGAGCUCCACGAACCAAGCCAGCAAGAGCUAUCUGGAGGUGUUGCAGUACUUUUUGCCCGUUGUCACAAGACCCAGCAGCUUGUGUAACCUGGACGAGGUGUACAUAACCCAUCGAAGCACCAUCUUUGGGGAGAUAAGCCUGUAUAAACUGGAGAAGGAGGAUGUGUCCGUGGUGCAUCACUUGGCAUUGGGGAACUUACCCAAUGAAGUUGUUACCUCCGACUCUAGUGGCACCAGAGUCUCUUACUGCUCCAAGGUGGAUGAGCGGGCGGACAUCGAUCAUGAGCUUCAUACUCUCGAUGCCAUUAUGAAGGAUGUGCUGGAGAAUGAGUUCAGUGAGUUUGCGGUUUUUACGAUUCGGUGUGGAAACUCCACAAAAUCGGCCAGGGAAAAUACUUCGAUUGGGUUUGUGGUUCUUCGACAGUUCCACAGCCAUGCCAAGCUCUUAGAACAUUAUGACCUGCCCAUGCAUGACAACCAUUUGGAACGACGAAGGGCCGAGAUUAUAUCACUGCGACUUCACCCUCUCUUUGUGGUCGGCGCCGAUCUGAUCUUCAGGGAUUUGGCCCGGAAGACCAAUUUUUUCGACUUUUACUUCAUUAAUACUCUGCAGGGUCAAAAGUACACUAAUGACCUAAAGAAAAUGAUGAUGGUCGUAGAGCCGAGGGCUAUUAAAAAGGCGCCGGUGUACGUUAGAAGUCUUACAGAUCAGAAAAAAGGAAAGUGCCGGUUGAAUCUGCCAAAACCAAAUUUUGCCACGGAUUACCUCAUUAUAUACAGGCAUAAACUAAAUCCUGUCCAGUGGUUCUCUAACAGCAGGAAACUGGUCAUCAUCGGUUUCAGUUCAACAACCAAGGCCCUUCUGCGCCAGCUAGUUUUCCAGUGGAAUACAAAGGAUCAGAAGCACCCGGAAAACUUCACCUGCUUGAGUAGGCUUCAAGUGACCGUGAUAUGUCGUGGGGGAAUUGUGGAGGCGGAGUACGACAGUCUGUUCAAGUGUCCCUACUGUACAAGCAAUAUUGGAUGUUACCUGUCUUCCCAGAACGAUUCCUGCUACAUACAAGAUUGCUGUGUACGCCUGGACUUGCGGUACUGGGUGCACUUUGUGCCAGGAAAGGUGAAGCUGGUGAAUAGAGCGAAAAAGAUCGUGAAAGUGGACUCUUGCGAGAUCCACUACGACACGUUACUGAUAAUGUGUGACCGGCUGUUCGCCCUCCAAUCUCAGAACAUGCCGGCGUACACGACGAGGCCCAGCAACCUCGUCGAGAUCAACUAUCGGCUUAACAGGCUCCUGCUUUUCUACAAGGUCAGGACACUCUUGGAGGAUGUGCCGCGAUCGUACUUGAUUUUAGUUUAUGGCUCCAAUCUGUCGACUUAUGAGUGCAUUGCCUUUUUGAUUAGUCAUGGAGUGGAUUGUUCGCGUUUAGUUUUCGUCCAGCCACAUCGAUACACUGGCAAGGAUCAGGAUACAAAGGAAAAGAAUCCCUACUGGGACAAGAAUCUGCAAUUAAUCCUCGACGACAUUCUCACCGAUCAAGGCGUCACUAUAUAUACAGACUACGACUUUCACCACUAUAACGUUCACCAGUCGACCAACUUCAUUAUGGAGGCGAUAUUUCAGCAUUUUCCCAGUCGCAAACAGAUAACCUUCGAAUGUGAUAUCUUUUUAAACUUCGGGGAGGGUCAUCUCCACCAUCGGCACAAGCUAUGGCUUAAAGCUGCUGACAUUAAAAUGGACGGCAAUGAUAUCCUGGUAGACCAAAAGUACAGGACCAAUGAUCCCAAUAUCUACGCAGUUGGCAAGUUUAUCAAAAUGCAUCACAAGCCCAACUAUCAGUACAAGUUUGUCAGUCAGCGCGAGAUCGCUCGGAAGGUUUUACACAAUUUGGGCAUUGUCAUUGAGAAAGAUUUCGAGGAUCGAUUUAAGGAACCAGUACUCUUUCAGGCUAUCCUUCCGCUCCGUUACUUCAUCACAAAAGUGACCAUGCCACGGAGAUAUCUUCGAACACAGUUGCCUGUCACGGAAGUUUGCAAUUUGACCACAUAUAAGAACAAAACCUUCUGUCGGGUAGGACUAUCCACGCAAAUGUUGGUCGAUGAGAUCGUGGUUGUGACGAAAGAAGAGUGCCAAUUGGACUUCUUGCAGCACUUCUGUGGCAAGCAUGAGUUGCUUCUAAACAAGCUCAAGUCGCGCUAUAAGGCGAAAACGAUUAAAUGCUUUCUGAAGUUCUUUCAAGAGUCCUGGACAGAGUUGAUAAUGCACGACAGCUUCAUGGACCUGCAGGCGGAGAAUAAGGAAUUGCUUAUGCCCAUGGCUCUUACGGCUCUAUCACGCGUAGAUCGAGUUGCCUUAACCGAUGUAACCGAUUUGGAUUUCUUUACGCUGAAUAAGCGCUACAUAGAACAAAAACUUCUGACCUUCCUGCGGGAGCAUCGACGAGACUUCAAUCAUAAGUUUGCCUUACCCGAGGACUUCCUCAAAAUUGAUCUACCUGAGUGGGAGCAAGUCAUGGAAACGAAGGAAGAAAAUGAUGAAUCAUCUGACUCGACAGAGUCAUAG